AUGUCUCUGAAGACGCCGACUCCGGCGGGCGGCGAGCGCGAGACAUGGGGCAAGAAGGUGGACUUUCUUCUCUCUGUCAUCGGCUUCGCUGUCGACCUCGCAAACGUCUGGCGGUUCCCUUACCUCUGCUACAAGAAUGGAGGAGGGGCUUUCUUGGUACCGUACUGUAUCAUGCUGGUGGUUGGGGGCAUUCCGCUCUUCUACAUGGAGCUGGCUUUGGGUCAGUUCCAUCGCAAAGGAGCUAUUACUUGCUGGGGCAGGCUCGUUCCGUUGUUUAAGGGCAUAGGUUAUGCUGUGGUUUUGAUUGCUUUCUACGUCGACUUCUACUACAACGUUAUCAUCGCAUGGGCUCUUCGUUUUUUCUUCGCCUCUUUCACCACCAUGCUACCAUGGACCAACUGCGAUAAUGAAUGGAACACACCGGCUUGUCAACCGUUCGAAGCCAACUGGGAGUCAGCAAAUGCAAGCCGAGUUCGUAAUAGCUCAUCCAUGGCACCUCGAGCUACACCAUUCACAUCAGCAGCUUCAGAAUAUUUCAAUCGGGCAAUACUGGAACUACAAGACAGUGAAGGGCUUCACGAUCUGGGAGCAAUUAAAUGGGACAUGGCUUUAUGCUUGCUGGCUGUUUAUAUUAUUUGCUACUUUUCCUUAUGGAAAGGUAUUAGUACGUCUGGCAAAGUGGUUUGGUUUACGGCUCUAUUUCCUUAUGCUGUUUUGCUAAUUCUCUUGGUACGAGGGAUCACCCUUCCCGGUUCAGCAACAGGAAUUGCGUAUUAUUUGAGUCCUAAUUUUGAAGCGAUAGGUCAGCCACAGGUGUGGGUAGACGCUGCCACGCAAGUCUUUUUCUCCUUGGGUCCAGGUUUUGGCGUGCUAUUGGCAUAUGCGUCGUAUAAUAAAUAUCACAACAACGUUUACAAGGAUGCCAUUUUGACGAGCGUUAUAAACUCUUGCACCUCUUUCGUGGCUGGUUUCGUCAUAUUCAGCGUGUUGGGGUACAUGGCUUAUACUUCUGGUAAAGAUGUUCAGGAUGUGGCAACCGAGGGGCCUGGCCUUGUAUUCGUCGUUUACCCAGCAGCUAUAGCAACUAUGCCAGGAUCCACAUUUUGGGCGUUAAUAUUUUUCAUGAUGCUGCUAACUUUGGGUUUGGAUAGCUCUUUUGGUGGUUCGGAAGCGAUUAUAACUGCAUUGAGUGACGAAUAUCCCCCAAUUGGUCGUCACAGGGAGAUAUUUGUGGCCUGUCUCUUCACAUUAUAUUUCUUUGUGGGUCUAACAUCGUGCACUAAAGGUGGCUUCUACUUCUUUCAACUUUUGGAUCGAUAUGCCGCGGGGUAUUCUAUGCUGGUCGCUGUUUUCUUUGAAGCAAUUGCCGUGUCAUGGAUUUACGGUACUGAAAGAUUCUGCGAGGAUAUUCAAGACAUGAUCGGCUUUAAACCUGGCCUUUAUUGGCGAAUUUGCUGGCGAUUUAUUGCACCUGCAUUUCUUCUGUUUAUCACGGUGUAUGGGCUUUUGGAUUACGAACCUUUGCAGUACGAAGGCUAUAUAUACCCAUGGUGGGCUAACGCUCUCGGAUGGGCUAUAGCUGGCUCCAGUGUCAUUUGCAUCCCGACUGUUGCCAUAUAUAAAAUUUUGACGACCAAAGGAACCUUUUUCGAGCGUCUUCACAUUUUGACAACCCCGUACGCGGACUCGGAGCGCGCCUUACACAAUGGGGUAGUAGUGUCAGAGAGUGGCGGGGUCCGUUUGACGUCAGCUGUUACCACCCCCACUACCCCACCAGUGACCACCCCCAAUGGCUCACAGCCAGCACCUGUCUGA